AUGGUUGCCGAAACUUACUCAAACAGCGCAUUUAUCGUAGAAAUGAAUCACUUUCGUUCCCUUAGAACUGUAACGGUCACACAAAAAGGUUAAUUGGGUUUAUUCGUAGGUGUGUGGAUUAAAUGCGGUACUCAUUAAAAAAGUACCUUUAAGCUGUGUUACUGGGUACACUUUCUGCAUUCCCUAAGAUGUUUUGUGGGUCCCGUCUUCUCGCGUCAAACAGCCGCAUCGACUUAAGACAAACGGUGACUCGCGAUAGUUUCUAGGUUCUUCAUUCAUACGUUCAGAACAUUCCAGGAUCCACGUCCCAAAAGCUAGGCUAAAAGCAGUCUCCUUCGUUCGUUUCAUCAAAUACGCCCCUCAAAGCACAACCCCGCUUUGUGUUGUAUUUUGUGAGCUAUUUUUCAGGUGCAGAGAUGUCAUCCAUCCAGCCAUGCCGCGACGCGACGGACGCCGUAGAACUCUGUCCAAACUUGGGUCUUUAUCUCAAGUCAAUUGCACGGCUCAACAUCUCUAUACAAUUGCCACAACUCAAGACCCCUGGCAAGAGCAUCUCGAACUGGGAAGUCAUGGAGAAGCUACGCCAAGCGAUAAAACCGAUCGAGUUCACGCAACUGAAGAUCAGCAAGACGACGUUAGAACUGAUCCGCCUGGAGGGUGAAGUCGAAAACCGCAGCGGUUUAAAAACUGUCCUGUUUCGUCUGAAUGACAGCAACAUAAAACUCACUGGGUUUGCGGACACCCUGAAGGUACGUGCCGCAGAAGCCAAGAUGGCCUUUCCGACUAGGCACGACUGGGAUUCCUACUUUAGGGAUGCCAAACACAUGGAUGAAAUGAAACCCGGAGAACGCCCUGACACAAUGUACGUUCAGGGGCUGCCCUGCAAGUGGUUUGGAGACCACCCCAGCGAAGAGAUGGUCAAAAGAGCCUUCUCUGGGCCAGGGAGGGUCCGUUGCGUUGACAUUCCGCAGCUGGAUCCAUACCAGAAGGAAUCCAACUCUUCGGUCGGCAAAAUCUCGACUUUCUCUUUCAGUCAGGAGCUCACGUUUGAUGCGUACAUCCAGUACGAGGAGUACAUGGGAUUUGUCAGGGCCAUGGACUCACUGCGAGGGAUGAAGUUGGUCCUGAAAACAUCCGACGGGAAGGCGUACGCUGCCAAUAUAAAGGUGGACUUUGAUAAGACUAAACACCUGAGCGAGGAAAACAAAAGGAAGCGCGAGCUUGAACGAGCCAAGCUCGAGUCUCUCGAGAAGGAGAGGGAAGAGAGAGUUCUUAGGGAAAGGCAGGAAGAGGCAUACAGGAAAAAGCAACUGGAAGCCGAGGAAGAAGAAAGGCAGCGCAGGAGGGAAGAGGAGCGGCAGAGGAGGAGGAGGAGGGAAGAGGAGAGGAAACGAAGGGAGGAGGAGGAGAGGAGGAGAAAGAAAAGAGAGGAAGAAGAGGAGGCUGAAAGGAGGAAAAGGGAGGAAGAAAAGAGGCAAAGGAAGGAGGAGGAGUUGAGGAAAAGGGAAGAGAAGAAGAAAAAGAAAAGGAAGAAGCAGGAAGAGGAGGAACAAGCACGAAGAUGGGAGAAAGAUGUGCACACGGCGGAGGAGACUCGCAAGGCCCAGUCAACGCAGCUACUCUGCGAGCUGUUUCAACUCCUAAAGGAGGAAAAGGCCAAGGAGAGCCACGUCCAAGAAGCUGACCCUCGAUCCAAGCUGCUUCGCCAGGAGCAACUGCUUAGAGAAAAGCUCCUGCGCAACAUGGAGGCCAGGAAGAGACUCAAAAUGGCUGAACCCAACCUCCCCAAUUCCUCGUGACUCUAUUCGUAGCCUCCCCAGUAGGAGGAUGUUUUUAAAGCCAUUCAUACACGAGAGCCCUUGUGAUCUCUUCAUCCUCAGGAUUAAAGUGUUUCAGAAAAUUUUAA